AUGGGUAACCCUUGGACAGUUCGUCAAAUGAGGAGACUUUGUUCUUCACAUACCCCCGAUAUAUUUUUUGUAUCGGAAACAAAGGUUACUAAAGAAAUUGUGGAAAAAAUAAAAGAUCGUCUUGGUUUUUCUAGUUCAGUUGGUAUUUCGAGUAUUGGAAGGUCAGGAGGUUUGUGUUUGUUCUGGAAGGAUGAAAAAGUUUCUCUAACUCUCGUUUCAUUCUCCCAAAAUCAUAUGUGUGCUGAUGUUGUGGAUAAUGGGGGUUUACAGUGGCGAUUUGUGGGUGUUUAUGGGUGGCCAGAAGAGGAAAAUAAGCAUAAGACUUGGAAUUUGAUAAGAUCACUUUGCGACGAAUAUGAGGGACCCAUUAUGUUCGGUGGAGAUUUCAAUGAGAAUUUGAGUUACAAUGAGAAGGAAGGAGGAGCGAAUAGGGAGAGGAGGAGUAUGGAUGGUUUCCGGCAAGUGCUGGAUGAGUGCAGGUUGGGGGAGUUGCGAUUUACUGGGCAAUGGUAUACAUGGGAGAGGGGCAAUAGUCCAGAGACACGCAUCAGAGAACGGCUUGAUCGGGUGGUAGUUAAUGAGGAGUGGCGUAAUUUUUACCCUGGAGCUUAUGUGGAACAUCUGGUCCGAUAUAGCUCGGACCAUGCAGCCAUCUUUAUGAAGAGUGCAAUGAGGGAGGGGCCUAGACAACCGAGUGGGAGAGGUUUCAAGUUUGAAACGUGUUGGCUUCUUGAUGAAGGGUGCGAAGAGGUGGUGCGAGGGGCAUGGAACGCAACGGAUUGGGCGGUGAUUCAGGAUCGGUUGAGGGCGGUAGCGAGGAGUCUUCAAGGGUGGAGCAAGGUGGGGUUUGGAGACUUGAAGAAAAAGAUAGAGAAAAUGGAGAAACGCCUCCAUGAGGCCCAGCAGGAGCCUAUCAGUGCUGCUUCUUGUGAGAAAUGUGCGGAGAUUGAACUUGAGCUCGAUAAUUUACAUGCAAAAAAUGAAGCUUAUUGGUACUUACGAUCCAGGGUAGCGGAAGUGAAAGAUGGAGAUAGGAACACUUCCUAUUUCCAUCACAAAGCAUCUCAGCGAAAGCAGAGAAACUACAUUCAGGGGAUCCGUAGUAGUGAGGGUGUGUGGCAAACGGAGGCUGAUGAUAUUGAGGAGGAAGUGGUUCGGUACUUUCGAACUAUUUUUACGUCAUUACACCCUUCUGAUGAUAGUAUGCAGGAAGUUUUGAAGUUUGUGAGCCCUUCAGUGACGCAGGAAUUUAAUGAUUUUUUGUUAAAGCCUUACACAAAAGAGGAGAUUUAUUCUGCAUUGAGCCAGAUGCAUCCCUGCAAAGCCCCGGGGCCGGACGGUAUGCAUGCAAUAUUUUAUCAGAGGUUUUGGCACAUUAUUGGUGAUGAGGUAUUUUUAUUUGUGAGUAAUAUUUUACAUAACUUUGCUUGUCCUGGGAAUGUAAACUGUACUAAUAUUGCUCUCAUCCCAAAAGUAAAAUCUCCUACUGUUGUAUCUGAGUUUAGGCCUAUUAGUCUCUGUAAUGUUUUGUACAAAAUAGCUUCGAAGGCUAUAGUUAUGCGGCUUAAAACUUUUCUCCCUGCUAUCGUAUCGGAGAACCAGAGUGCCUUUGUACCAGGGAGAAUGAUUUCAGACAAUUCCCUUAUUGCUCUGGAAAUUUUUCACUCUAUGAAAAAGAGAAAUAACAGCAGGAAAGGCUUGAUGGCAGUGAAGCUUGACAUGAGUAAAGCUUAUGAUAGGGUUGAAUGGGGCUUCCUACGAAAACUUUUGUUGACUAUGGGAUUUGAUGGACGUUGGGUUAAUCUGGUGAUGAGCUGCAUUUCAUCUGUCACUUACUCUUUUCUGAUCAAUAGAAGAGUAUGUGGUUCUGUAUCUCCUUCCAGAGGGCUACGACAGGGUGAUCCUCUUUCUCCCUUUCUAUUUAUAUUGGUUGUUGAUACCUUUUCUCAGAUGAUUCAGCAAAAAGUGAAUGCAAAAGAACUUCAUGGUGUAAGCUGUGGGCAAAAGGAAGUGAUAAUAUCUACUCUCCUAAUGAGGCAAGUUGACAAGCACCAGAAAUAUCUUGGCAUUCCUACGAUCACUGGGAGGUCAAAGAAAAUGGUGUUUCGGGAACUCUUAGAUAGAAUGUGGAAGAAAUUGCGGGGUUGGAAGGAAAAAUUGUUGUCAAGGGCUGGAAAGGAAGUUCUGAUCAAGGCUGUGAUACAGGCUCUCCCUACCUAUCUGAUGGGGGUUCAUAAGAUCCCAACGGCAAUUAUAAAAGAGAUUCAUUCAGCUAUGGCGCGGUUUUGGUGGGGUGGCAAAGGUGUGGCAAGGAAGAUGCAUUGGUUAAGUUGGGAAAAGAUGUGCAAACCGAAGUGUAUGGGGGGCAUGAGAUUUAAAGAUCUUGGGGUGUUCAAUGAUGCUUUACUUGGCAGGCAAGUUUGGCGACUAUUACAUUAUAAAUCCUCCCUUUUGAGCCGUAUAAUGAGUGCAAAAUAUUAUCCCCACGGAGAUAUAUUUCAAGCAAGGUUAGGAUACUCAAAUAGCUAUUCCUGGAGUAGUAUAUGGAGUGCGAAAAGCUUGGUGAAGGAAGGUUUGAUCUGGAAGGUGGGAGAUGGGAAAUCGAUAAAUCUGUGGUCUGAUCCGUGGCUUAGUGAUGAGGAUGGCCGGUUUGUUUUGAGCAAUAGAGUUGAAGGAGUGGAGUUGGUGGGAGAUUUAAUAGAUGAUGACCGAAAAGAGUGGAAAAUGGAUGUGAUUGAAAAUCUUUUUGAGGAACGUGAUCAAAAAUGCAUUCUAGCAAUCCCGUUGAGUUCAAGAUGCUUGCAGGAUGAAUUAACAUGGGCCUACUCUAAAGAUGGGACCUAUUCGGUGAAAACGGCCUAUAUGCUUGGGAAGGGUGGUAAUUUGGAUGAUGUUCAUAAGGCAUGGGGUAUUUUAUGGAGCUUAGAGGUAUCCCCAAAAGUUCGCCACUUUCUUUGGAGAGUUUGUACCAAUUCACUGCCGGUACGUGCUGUACUUAGGGCCUGCCAUCUCGUUGACCAAGACGAGUGCCCAUGGUGUCUGAAUGGAGCGGAAACGAUUCAUCACUCUUUGUUCACAUGUGCUCGCUGGAGAUCGGUGUGGGGGGAAUUAGGAUGUCAGGCUAUGGUCGAUGGUGUGGAGGGUGAGACGAUGUGUGAGAUGGUGGUGCGAUGGAGUGAGCUAGAUGCUAAAAUGGUGCAAAGAGGAAGCUUUUUUGCGUGGAAUGUUUGGACCGAACGAAAUAAGAUGGUAUUUGAAGGCCAAAGGCAACCGGUGCCUGUCAUAGUCCAGCGUGUGGGUAGGCAAUGUGAUGAGUUCAAUUCUUAUACUACUCGAAUCUAUGGAGGUCCGAAAAGGGGAAGUUGUGUGAGUUCGGCGAAAUGGUGUGCGUCUCCUAGGGGCACGAUUAAGCUCAACACAGAUGCUUGUCUUGGGGAAGAAGGAUGGAUUGGAUUGGGCCUAGUAGCUCGUGAUUUUCAAGGGAAAGUAUGUUUUUCGGCUGUGCGUCGCACCAGGGCCUGCUGGCCUGCGGCUAUCGCGGAGUGCAAAGCUAUUUACAUGGCGGCUAGGAUGGCUAAGGCUCAUGGUCUAGUGGAUGUUAUUAUUGAGUCUGAUUCUCAGGUGGUGACUAAUAGACUGUCAAAUGAGACCCUCUAUUUUGCAGAUUUGGAUAAUAUUCUAGGAGAUGUUCUUUCUUUAUGUAAUGCGUUUGAAUCAGUUAAAUUUCUUCAUGUUAAGAGAGAUGGGAAUGCUGUAGCCCAUCAUCUUGCUAGAGUAGUGCCUUUUGGAGUUGAACAAUGUUGGGAGAACCAUUGUCCUCGUGAAGUGGCUCCUGUAUCCCCUCAUACAAUAGAGAUAGUAUAUUUGUAA